AUGCCAGACUCGCCGAUACUAAACUUGCCGGUGGACCUCCUCGUCCUCAUCUUCCCCUACCUCGACGCCGCCAGCUUCCUCAAUCUCACAUCGACCUGCCAUGCCCUCCACCAACCUGACUUCCUCAACGACAGCCACUUCUGGGCAGCGCGCGUACGAAAGGACUUUCGAGUUCCAAAUCAGCCGGUCGUACAAAACGACCGUCGAAGAUGGCACAAGCUAUACAAAAGGUUGAAGACACAGACGCGGGCGUACACAUGGGGUAACGACGACAAAGGUUGUCUCGGACACUCGUACGAUGGACCGCCUAUGGUACGCACCAGCUUUCCGAUCCAGAUGGAAGGUGUUGAAGGACUCGGUGUGAUCUCCGAUCUACAGUCUGGUGGGUGGAGUACUACACUUUUGACAGCGAAGGGCGAGCUAUAUACAGUCGGAGUGAUGGACGGCUUGCAGUCGAAUCAGAGAAGGCCACCAUAUCAGCAAAAGACGCACACCGAACCGACCGCACUUCGAUACCCAGUUGGCAUGCCGCAGCCUAAAGACCGAUACGAUCCUGCCACUGCCGUGAAGCAAUUCUCCUCUGGUAGAGCACACGUUCUCGCUUCCAGUGACAGUGGAAGGAUAUGGAGCUGGCAGAACUUGGAACACCCCGGUGUGAAUGUCAAGUUCAUACAUCACGAAAUCAACGAAAAUGGAAGAGACAGUGGGCGCGGCGUGGUCAAGAAGGUCGUGGCUGGGUGGAACAAAAGCGCGGCGUUGAUCGAAGGCACUGGAAUCGUGGUAUGGGAACCACUUUACCUCAAUCCAAACGAGUGUGAUGUUGCAGAUGCGGCUCUGGUGCUGGAGACAGCGGUCGUACCCAAGACACAGCAUGUGGACAACAGAAGCAGGCAGUCAGGGAGUGGUCGAACACAAAACGAUGACGACGACGGCAUCGGCGAAGUUCGGAAUUUCAUCAUGCUGGAAGCAUGCAUCCUUUUCAACACAUCGACUGGCAAGGUCUUCGCCGCUCAAAUCAUCUGGGACGACCGCUCACAAACGAUCAACGAGCCGGUUGAGCUUGAGAUUCAGCUUCCGUCCAAGAGUCCAGAUCUUGAAGCGAACUUCGUCACGGAUGUCCAAGGCUCCUUCCAAAACUUCGCCAUCUUCACCAAAUCUGGCGCAGUCCUGACCAGUACACAAGACGCUCUGAUGCCUCUCCUACAACAAACAUCACAAGACCAGCGAAUAUUCAAGCGUAUACCAGCACUUCAGAACAAGCAAGUCAUAUCCCUGGCAUUCGGCGACUACCACUUCCACGCUCUACACGCAGCCGGACACAUCACAUCCUACGGCAAAGAACCUCAAUCCUGCGGCGCUCUCGGUCUCGGAGGAAGCGGAGCUCCAGAAAGCCGGCUACGUGGACUGCGGACCGAAGGUACUGCAUGGGCAAUGGGUGGUGACGGCGUGAUGGUUCCACACGCCUACACCGAAGGUCGACGGGUGUGGUUCGAGAAGGAGAAGCGAGACUGGCUGGCUUUCAUGACUUCUGGCGGCGUCGACCAGCAAGAGGCUGCCGAGAGGAUCCGCAUGACGCUUGGAAGUCCUGGCGUUGCCGCGCAAGGAGAAGUCAGCGAGUGGAUCGAACAAGAAGGUCGUGAUUGGGAAACGAAAUUCGGCGUACGGCAGAGUGAUGACGACGACGGCUUGGGAGCGUAUUUCGCCCUCAGCAUCUCCGCUGCUGGGUGGCAUAGUGGUGCUCUGGUGCUGGUGAACCAGGAUAUGGUCGAUCGACUAAAGACAGCAACCUGGGUAUCAUUAUAUCAUUUUCCACGAUUGAGAUUGAGUGAUGGCACGGAGAUGCCGGGACAGGUGGAGUUUGAUGAGUGGAGGUUUGGGAGGCCAAAUUGGGAAUUGGAGUGGGACGGGAUUGAGGAUGAUGAGGGAGAGCAGUGA